AUGACGAGCAUUGAACAGAUUCAAAUCAGCGGGGUCCGUAGCUUUGAUCCUAACCCGGUGCACCGUCAGACAAUCGUUUUCCAGAAGCCUCUCACCGUCAUUCUAGGAAAAAACGGUGCAGGGAAGACGACAAUCAUAGAAGCCUUGCUGAACGCCUGCACAGGACAAAUGCCUCCGGGCAGCGGUUCUGACAAGAGUUCUUUCGUGUACGACCCGAAGGUAAUGGGCGAGACGGAUGUCAAGGCGCAGAUUCGCCUCUUGUUCACAGGGAAAGGUGGCAAGGUAAUGCAGGUAAUACGCUCCUUUCAGGCUGUGCGUGCCCGCAACAAAACAUCCUUCACGACGCUCGAUAGCACGGUGGCCUUUCAGGACGCCGCCACUGGCAAGGUGGUGUCCAGUACGUACCGUGCGAAUGACGUGGAUCGCGCCGUGCCUGAGAUGCUGGGUGUCUCCCCAGCGGUACUCGAGUACGUCAUCUUCUGCCACCAGGAGGACGGGAAUUGGCCGUUGUCGCCCCCCAAGGAGGUUAAGAAAAUAUUUGAUGAGAUUUUUGCGGCGACGCGGUAUGUGUUGGCGCUGGACAGGCUUCGCGAGAACAGCAAGGAGUUCCGCCGGCAGCAAAAGGAGCACGAGGCUAAUUUGAUGGCGCUGCGAGAGCACCGGGAGCAGGCGCAACAGCUUACACUGGACAUUGCCUCGAAGGAGGAGUUGAUCCGGACAAUAGAACAGAGAGCCAAGUCACUGGAGCCUCAGCUGAAGGAGCUGCAUGCUGUCACUGCGGCUCUAAGUGCUGUGGAGCAGAACGCGGAAAAUUUAGCACGGGAGGCCGCCAUCAUUCAAGGCCGCAUAGAUGAGAAGCAGCAAUCCUUGAGUCGAAUGACGCUCCCCCCGACGACGCUAACGAUGGAAGCUAUGUUGGAAUUUAAGCAGGGGUUUUCUGAGCGCAUCAAGGGGCUCGAGGCAGAGGCGUCGGAGAAGGCGAACCUCCUUGAGGUGGCUGAAGCAAAUAAACGCAAGUAUGAGGGGACAGCGAUGCAUCUUCGUUCAAGCAUCAGCUUCCUUGAACAGCAGGAACGGAAGCAUGCACAGCAUUGUAUGGAACUUCAGGGGAUUGUUGCGAACCUCUCGACAGGGCUCGUAUUGAGCGAGAAUGACAUGAAUGAAGAGGGCCUGCAGCGCGUGGACGAGCACUUGACUGCGGAGCUGCAGAAGGCGAUAGCGGAACGUGACGAGACGUUGAAGGGGUUUGAUGACAACAUGAAGCUGCUCGAGGAGCAACGAAGCAAGCUGCUGCAUUCAAUGGAUGUGGACAACAAGGAGAAGGAUAUGAAAGAAGAGCAGAUGACUCACUUGCACCAACGCAUUAUGGGUGCCGAGGAGGCGCUGGGGAGGUUGAAGCCGUACGUCAGGGUCACACAGCUGGAGGCGCUGAAAAAAACGAUAUGUAACUUGGAGCAGCGUGUGGAGGCGAUGGAGGAGCUGAGGAAGAGGGGAGAGAAGCAUAAACAACGACAAGACAUUUUGGAGAAGAUAAAUGCACAAAACUGUGUUGUCGCAGUGCUGCGUCAAGAGUUGUCGAAGCAGAAGGAGUGCUUGGGUGGUGAGGCGGAGAUGAAUCUGCUUCGGACACAAAUUGCAGAGAAGGAAAGGUUUCUUGAAGAGGGGCUGCAAGAGACACUUGUACCGCAGCUAUCUAGGUUUGGGCACGAGGUAGGUGAGGGCCGCUCCUUGUCGCAGCUGUCGCUCUUGGUUGAGCAGCUCAGGGAGCAAAAGCUGGGUGCACUGCGAGCUAUUCAGGCAGAGCAUGGGGAGAUCGACCGUCAAGUAGCCGUACUGCAACAGAAGCAGUCACACCGAAUGGAGGAGCUUAUGCAGGAAAAGGUGGCAUUGCAGCGGAAACAUGCCAUCUGCGUUAAGGCGCUUGGUGGUUUGAGUGAAAUUGAUCAGUUCGAAGCCGUCCUUGAUGAGGCUCGUGAUUACUUGCGUAAGGCGAGAAGCAGGCGUCAUGCACUUGAGGCGAUGGCAACAUGCUACGCCAAUUUUGUGGAGGUGGCUAGGGUAGAGGGCAGGUGCCCUGUGUGUGACCGUGGGUUUAAUGACGGCAUGGAGCGAGCCCACUUUAUGGAGCUCCACGAGAGACAUCACGAGGCAUCGCCAGAGAUGGUUGCAAAGGCACAGUUGGAGAUGACGGAGGCCGAAGAAAAGGUACGUCGUUUAGAGAGUCUUGAGGCAGAUAUGCAUGAUGUGAGACGACUGUUGGUGAGCGUUCCACAACUGGAGCAGCUACUGACGUCUAUUAAUCAGGAGCUGGCGAACAAGUCUGCCUUGCUGGAGGAUGUGGAGCGGAAGCGGGAUGAUGUUGAGAGUCAGAUGAAGUGUGUGCAGGACUUGGUGCAUACCGUCACUGAUUUAAACGCUGUCGCCAGUGACAUCCGGGCAUUGAAGCAACAACUUUCCCGCAGGGAAGCUGCUAUACAAGAACUGCAGGCGGAAGCGGUGACUGCAGCAGCUGCUGUUGGUGAUAUUGGUAGUGGGGCCCCUAGAACAUACGAAGAGGUUUCAGCGGAAUAUGAAAGCGCCAAUACGGAGCUUUAUCGUCUUAAUACAAUGCUGAAUGAGGCCCAGCGGCGCGAGGAUGGGGAGUCAGACCAGGCAGCCGUCAGUGAGCUCAACGCGAGACGGGCAGAGUACUAUCAGUUGGAUAUGAAGUUGACACGACAGGGUGAGCUGGAGGAGGUGCUUGCACGAUACAAAGCUGAGGCCAACGGCUACAAGGAACGUAUUGCUGCCAUUAACAAUGGGCAAGAGGACCUUCGAGCGGAGCUCACGCGUCUUCAGAGUCGGCUUUGUGACCUUCAACAGGAGCGUCGAGAGGCCGAAUGUGCUUCGCAACAGAGUCGCAUUGGGAAAUUAGAGACCUCUGGGCGAAUGCUUGCAGUGAUUUUGCCCCAAAUGCGCGACUAUUUUGCGUCGAGGCAUGGACACCAACUGGCUAGCGCACGGGAUCAGUUGAGUGUGGCAGAGGCAGCAACUCUAACAGCUGCCGAGGAGGUGAAGCAGCUGCGUAACGCAGUUCACGAGUCGAGACGUGUGUUGGAUGACCAACACCGGCAGGCGGCGGAGGUGGAGAAGCACAUUGAGAUCUAUGAGAAGCGACGAUGGAUGGAGGAGGAUCAGGCACGGCUGCGGGAGGUUGAGCAGUCCCUCACCGAGUUGAAGCGCCGACAGAUUCACGGAGUUGAGUCACUUUUGGGGAAAGACAUUAUUGCACGUGAAACGGUGCCACGCAUUCGGGAGCUCAUCCGCCAAAAGGUGGGCGAGUUGGAGAAGUUUCGUGCACAGCAGGAGGGAAACGUAGAGGCAAUGGUACAAGACGUAGCGAACCUCAAGAGUCAACUGGCACGUGAAAAGUAUAGUGACAUUGAGAAACGGUACCGAUCGACGUUCCUAAAGGUGCAAACGACGGAGAUUGCUGUUGCGGAUAUUGAUAAGUACUACAGGGCCUUGGAGAAGGCCGUGCAGUCGUAUCACCAGGAGAAGAUUGCACAGAUCAAUCAGAUUUUGGCCGACCUCUGGCGGCUGACGUAUAAGGGAAGUGACAUUGACACCGUUGAACUUCGUUCCGAGGAUGAUGUGACUUCGACGACGGCGCGGCGCAGCUACAGUUACCGCGUCGUGAUGAAACGUGGGAGCAGUGAAAUGGACAUGCGUGGACGGUGCAGCGCCGGCCAAAAGGUGUUGGCCUCCGUCCUUAUUCGCCUUGCACUGAGUGAGGCGUUUUGCUGUGACUGUGGCAUCCUUGCCCUAGAUGAACCGACGACAAACCUUGACGAAGACAAUGCCCGUUCGCUUGCAGAGUCACUGCGUCUACUUAUCGACAACCACCGCGCCGUGAAGCACUUCCAGUUGAUUGUCAUCACACACGACGAGCAGUUUGUGAGGGCUCUCGGUGGGCUGGCGCUGGACACGUUUUACUACAUUCAUAAGGACAGGGAAGGCGCCUUCUCUGUCAUUGAGGAACGCACCUUUGAGCAACUGUUUGCGGCGUAG